CUCACUCUGUGUGAGCUCUUUCUCAGUCAGGUCGGGGCGGGCUGUAUAAAAAAGGAAGGUGAGGCAGCUCGGCUCUCAUUCGGCAGCGAUUGGAGUGAAGAAGCGUGAUGUCUGGAAGAGGCAAAGGAGGCAAAGGCCUGGGAAAAGGCGGAGCGAAGCGGCACCGCAAAGUGCUCCGUGAUAACAUUCAGGGCAUCACAAAACCAGCCAUCCGGCGCCUGGCUCGCCGUGGUGGGGUCAAGCGCAUCUCGGGCUUGAUCUACGAGGAGACCCGCGGGGUGCUGAAGGUUUUCCUGGAGAAUGUGAUCAGGGAUGCGGUCACCUACACGGAGCACGCCAAGCGCAAGACGGUCACUGCUAUGGAUGUGGUGUACGCUCUGAAACGCCAGGGCCGCACUCUCUAUGGAUUCGGCGGCUGAACAAAUCGACCCUUUUCCAGCGAACCCAAAGGCUCUUUUCAGAGCCACCCAAUUCCUCCGACUGAGGGCAGAGACCUGAGGACGGGGAAAGGCAGCAAAUCGGGAGGGUGUAUUGUACUACAGCUCGUUAUCUUACAUCGCGACUUGUAAUUCUGCCCAGAUGCGAAAUGUUACAUAUUCCAGUAUUUCUAUUUCAUUAACCCUUCCAGGAAUGAUAUCUGAUUCAGUUUUGAUUCUUGGACGCCUGCAGAUAUUUUAGUGGCACGUUCUUUCCAUCUGGCUGCUGAACGUAGCAAUGAC